UCUGUAAAUAAACUUUAUUUUGUAUUCGUAAGUGAAUUUUAAUCGCAAAUAAAAAUGAUGCAACUAAAUGUUUAUUCAUAAUAAUCCCUUAUUAUGAUCACACUGAUCAGUUAGUUAAUCGUAGUAAUAGAUAAGUUUAGUUUUCAGCGCUAAAGUACAAGUUUCAAAAGUUGACUUUGUGAAGUUAAAAAUUGCUAAUGAGUUGAUAAGAAUAUGAUAAUUAUUUCGGUGGUGAUAGUAUCGUUACUCAGCGUUAUCAGUUCGUGGUUGGGCCUGCGACCGACGUAAUCACGAAACACGUAUUCGAACCUAUCUAAGAAGAUAAGAAAAACUGUGAUUUAAUUGCUGUGUAACAACUCUUAUUAAUUUUAGCCAUGUCUUAUAUAAGGCAUUUGUAUAAAAAUGGCGUUUCACUGCGAUUGCAAUACCCUGCAAGGUUCUCGCAUGCCCAGCAGCUUAAGGAGGAUGUGCCGAGAAGAGAGAUCAGUAAAGUGCUCAUAGCUAACCGUGGUGAGAUAGCAUGCAGAGUGAUGAAAACUGCUCGGAAACUGGGUGUGAGGACAGUCGCUGUAUACUCUGAUGCUGACAAACAUGCUAUGCAUGUUGAAAUGGCAGAUGAAGCAUACCAUAUAGGGCCGGCGCCAUCCACACAAAGUUAUCUAAAUGCAGCUAAAAUAUUGGAAGUAGCAAAGAAGUCUAACAGCCAAGCCAUUCACCCCGGGUAUGGUUUCUUAUCAGAGAAUGUGGAGUUCUGUGAAAAGUGUGCCAGUGAGGAUGUUAUAUUUAUUGGACCUCCUCCCGCAGCUAUCCGGGAUAUGGGUAUCAAGAGCACAUCCAAAGCAAUAAUGUCUGCGGCUGGAGUUCCCAUUGUCAAAGGUUACCAUGGUGAGGAACAGAGCAUAGAGAAGCUACAGGCUGAGGCACAGAGGAUCGGAUUCCCUCUUAUGAUCAAAGCUGUGCGAGGUGGUGGAGGAAAGGGCAUGAGGAUAGCCAUGACUGAAGCAGACUUCCUGCCACAACUGGAGUCAGCUAAGCGUGAAUCUCUUAAAUCAUUCGGCGAUGACAACAUGCUCCUAGAACAGUAUAUCACAGACCCAAGACAUGUUGAAGUUCAGGUAUUUGCUGACAUGCACGGUAACGCGGUCCAUCUGUUCGAGAGAGAUUGCUCAGUACAGAGACGUCACCAGAAGAUCAUCGAGGAGGCACCAGCGCCGGGACUAUCAGAAGAGACGCGCAGAUCUCUGGGCGAGGCCGCAGUGCGCGCCGCUAAGGCAGUAGGCUACGUGGGCGCGGGUACUGUAGAGUUCAUCCUACACCGACAGACUCACGAGUUCCACUUCAUGGAGAUGAACACUCGUCUGCAGGUUGAACAUCCCAUCACUGAGAUGAUAACUGGGACGGACCUAGUAGAAUGGCAGCUACGCGUGGCAGCAGGAGAGCAGUUGCCUCUGUCGCAGGAACAGAUCAUCCGCCGAGGGCACGCCGUGGAGUGCAGGAUAUACGCCGAGGAACCUCGCGCCGGGUUCCUUCCCCGCGCCGGCACUCUGCACCGACUCACACAGCCUAUCCCUGAAGAGUUUGUCAGGGUGGAGACAGGUGUGCGUGAAGGACAAGAAGUGUCAGUGCACUACGACCCUAUGAUCGCUAAGCUUGUAGUGUGGGGUCGGGACCGAAGUGAAGCGCUUGCCAAGACCAGGGCCAAGUUGUCCGAGUACCAAGUAGCAGGUUUAGAGACGAACGUGAACUUCUUACUUCGGCUGAGCGGCGCGAGUGCGUUCGUAUCAGGCGACGUGCACACUGCCUUCAUUCCGCAGCACGAGGCCGAGCUGUUCCCGGCCAGCGACAACGUGCUCAGCGAGACCCGCGCCAUACAGGCCGCGCUCGGACAUCUGCUGACAAAUCAAGUAGCAAGCACUGUCCAAGACAACUGGAAGGGAAUCUCAGUGCAGCCUCAGUCUUGGAGACCCAACUAUGAGCUGCAGAAAACUAUACCGUUGAGGUUUGAUGAAAAAGACUUAAAAGUAACAGUGAAAUACGAAUCCGCCCCGAACACGUACAGCGUGAAAGUGAAUGACGGGGAGUGGAGGCAGGUGGAAGCGUCACUACAGACCACGGAGAAGGGGCUCCGACUGAACACCCUCAUUGGAGACAAGAAGACCAAUGUCGGUCUACUCACUCACGACACACAGGUGCACGUGUAUGAUGAGAAUGGUCAAACAGUAGUGGAGUUGCCUCGACCCAAAUACCAGGCGACUAGCGUGGACACGGCGGCGGCGGCCAACAGCGCGUCCUCGCCCACUCCCGGCGUGCUGGAGAGGAUACUGGUCAGCAAGGGGGACAAAGUGGUGAAAGGCCAGCCCCUGUUUGUGGUAAUAGCCAUGAAGAUGGAGUAUGUGGUGCGUUCUCCUCGGGACGGAGUGGUGGCAGGCCUGGCACCUUUCAAGCUCGGGGACUCCGUCGGCAAAGGGGCCCAGGUCGUCAUGCUAGAGGGGGACAGCUGAACACAACAGUCACACUUCUGCGAAAUAUUAAUAUAGGAAUGCUUUGUCGAACCAACGCUAACGAUAAGUACGACUUACCCAUUUUUUCAAACCUAUUCAUGAAACAAAAGUUUUUAAUAACAGAACAAUUCAAAUUCCCAAAAUUCGUUUCUGGCUAUCGACUAACUAUUGUGUUGUAGAAUGUCAUUUACUGCACAAAUAGAAUGUCGCAACAAAAAAGCCUUUGUUACUAACGGAAAAGAAUUUUGGGAUGUUUAAAGUAGAGACCGCGCGCCAAAAGUAUUUCAGGAAGAAAUAAACUCGUUGCUGAGCCAAUAGAUCCUAGAUUCUCUCCCGAACAAUGGCCUGGCGCGGUGUUAUUAUGGUGCUAAGAAUUCAGACUGUGGACGCCUGUCCUUACAAGGUGGGCAACCCAUCGGUCGCUCAGCUUAUUUAGCGAUCCGCGCCCAUUAUGAAUAAUGUGUGUGAAUGAAUAAUUGUAAUGAGGACAAUGAUUCUGUUGCCAUUCCAUAUUAGUGUGUAUGUAAUAUAAGAAUUAGUCAAAUGUUCUACUUGCCAACCAUCACGUCAAAUAUUUAACCUAAGAUUAUCUACUUUAUUAAUAUAAAUCGCAUAUUUUUGUACGUACUUUUUAAGAGCUUAGUUAAUUAAACUAGUCACUUUGAAAUGAAAUGUCUACACAUGUUGCUAUAUAAUUAUAAAUAUUUUUAUAAUGACUUUUGAUAGAAAUGUUAAAAAUUGUUUACGUUGUUAAUCAUUCCGCGUUAAAAUAUACAAUUAUUAUA